UAUUUGUUUCCCUUGACAACAUUCAAAUCCCAACAAGAAGAUAGUCUCAGUGGACUGUACCAGACACGUUAAGAAUGGCUGGGGACGACGAUAUUAUCGACACCAAGGAACUGGAACUAGAAAGAAUUAUUGGGUUCAAUGGUAAGAUAAAGAAAAAAUGCUUUGUAAUAAUUUCAAGUUUAUUUUUUAGCUUCUAAACAAAAAGAAAUUGGGCCUUCCCUGCCUUUAUUUUAAUUUAAUUUAAUAAUUUAGGCCUAUUGCCUUUAAUAAAUAAUAUUAAUUUAAAAAUAAAUUCAUUCUUUAUUUGAGUUUAUGCCGUUGUAAGUUUGUUUAAUUUGUGCCACUUUGUUGAAUUUGUCUGGGUUGUUGGACGGUAGUGUGUGUUAGACAGUUUAGACCUAAUAAAAAAAUCAAUGAAUAAAUAUUAAAAUGAGUGUAAGUUAUAAGUAUAAGUCACUCACUCCACAAAGAAAGAGGUUUACUUACACUUACAGGUACUUAAAAUUAAAAAUAGUUUGAUUGAUUAGGCUUAAAAUUAAUAUUGAAAAAAUGGCUUUAUCAUUUAUUUAUUUAUUUAGGAAUUUUUAUAUAGCGCUUUACAAUUAUUAAAAACAUGUAAACUAACUAAAAUAAAAAUGAGACAUUAGGAUAGUAACUACUAUACUAUAGAAACAAUUAAAAUGGCUAUAAAACGAGGACACUUUGGCUCGUUUUGGCCUAUACUACAGGAUUAACCUGAGACAGAAAAUGAGGCAGGGCAAGGAGGGUGCAUCACAGGUCAUAGGCGGACCUGAACAGAUUGGUUUUAAGGGACUUUUUUAAAGUGGACGAGGUUUCACAAUGAUGGAUAUGGAAGGGGAGCUGGUUCCAGAACAUGGGCCCAUGGAAGCAGAAGGAGCAUUCACCGAUGGUCUUAGUUUUGGUUCUUGGGAUUAUUAGAGGAAAUAGAGUCAGCAUAUGUGGAUGUUAAUUAAUUCAUCGAGGUAAUUUGGCUUAGCAGGGGAAACAUCUUGAAAAGGCUUUUUGAGUUGAGAGUAGAAAUCAAAACCGCCAUGGAGAAGGAUGGGGUGGUUGUUCCUAUACUAAGCAAUCCCAAAUAGCUUGUGGGCUUGGCUUUUCUUGUUGACAUUACACAGGAGCUGAAUGUACUCGGCAAGAAGUUACAAGGUCAGGGGUAGCUCGUCAGUGUUGCCUAAGACAAUGUUAGGGAAUUCUGUAGAAAACUUGUGUUAUGGAAAGCUCAGCUUUCUCAGAGAAACCUUUGCCAUUUCCCAAAAUGCAAAGUAAUCAUGGAAUCUAGUACAACAUGACACUCCAUUCAGUAGUAAGUAUACUGAUGCCAAUGCAACACUACAGGAAGAGUUUGAUCACAGGUUAGCAGACUUAAAACACACAGAGCCACUUUAAAAAAAAGAAUUUCUGAUCCUUUCUUCUUCAACAUGGAAGAUGCACUUCAAAUGGAGCUGAUUGAUUUUCAGUGCAAUUCUAAACUUAAGGCUAAGUUCAGGGAGGUAAAUGGAAAAACAGACAAGCUUGGACAAUUUAUGAGAGAAUUGUUCUCCACCUUCCCUGAGAUUUCCAUGUUGUUCAAGCGGAUUAUGUGCCUUUUUGGGAGUAUCUAACAAGUCAAAGUUCAGGGUCAAACAGAACAAUGUGCAUCUUCAGGCUAUACUUCGCUGCUUCCUCAUUUAAGCUAAAUUUUGCUCAGCUGUGUAAGAAGAAGCACUUCCAGGUGUCUGGCAAAAAGGAGUAGGAGGAAGUAAGUGAAGCCUUGAGAACUCUUAAUGAUUAUAUUUGUUAUUAACAAAGGUUGAGCAAAUUGUAACAGUUGUACUUUAUUGAAUUUGUAAUCCCUUUUUUGUGGAAUACUUGAUGCGACCCAAUCUCACUCAGAAUGUAUCUCCCGCUGGCCCUGGAUGAUUUGUGUUUGAGACCCCUGUAUUAGAGAAACUUUCUUAGAAUGAAAAGCAUAUUUUUUAUAGAAAUAUUUAACAAAGUUUUGGCUGUCGAGAUCCAAUAAGAGUGUAGGAUAGACAUAAUAUUUUUGUCACACACAACAAAGAAGGGAAGGACUUUGGAUAUAUUUCUGGGAAGGUGACUUAAUUGCAGCCAUCCAGCUUUGAUCAACGCAAACAAAUAGCAUAAAAAUAUGAAUAUAGUCAAUGAAGUUUCUGGAUAAGAGACUUAAAAGUAGCAUUGAAAAAUGUUACUAAGCCCAUGCAUCCAUCACAUGGGGAAUAAUUGAAAAGGGAAAAUUUUCAAUCUCUAGAGCCUAGCUAAAUAUCUUUCGUUAAAUAAAACUGAAAGUAUCGCUUGCUCAUAAAGUAUAAUAUUACAUUUGUAUAAAUUUCAAUGUUAAAAUAUAUGGAAACUUAAACAUUUAAUUCUGUGAUAAGCUAAUAUAAUAAAGGGUCAAAUAAAUUUUAAAUCUGAGACUGCUUAUAACAGGGCGAGGCAGGGGGGGCACUCAGGAUGACUUUAUGGUUCCAACGAGGCUGUGGCUGGAAACAGUUUGAGAACCAGUGUUAUAUAGACUUGUAUAGGCCUGCUUCUUAAAGUUUAUUUGGCCAGGUUUGAUCAUUCUUAGGCCUUUUAAUUUUAAAAGAUAACCAAAAUAAUUUUUAGCAAUACAGUAAUACCUCCCUACUUUGCGCUACUCACUCCUUCGCGGAUUUUCUCUGAUGAUACAUUCUGCUGAUUUUUUGCUAUUUUUCUGGAUUGGUUCUGUAUACAGUAUAAAUAUUUUUUUAUAUUUAUUAUUUUAAUUAUUUUUGCUUUAAAAUAAUCAUUUUCUAGCCUAAAAAAUUGAAAAUAAUAUCAAUUUAACUUCAAUUAAAACUUAUUAAUAGUUAUUAAAUUGAAAUAAAAUUUACAUCAUAAAGCACGCCACCAGCAGAAGCUUUAAAAUAUAUAUAAAUCCUACUUCACGUUUCUUUUGCAUUUCAUGGGGACCCAGAACGCAGCCCCUGCCAUAUUUGAGGAAUUACUGUAUAUCUUACUGACUCAUAUUCAUAAUAGGCAUAGUAAAUUACAUUGCACAUUUGAUUUCUUGUAAUUAUUAGUUUAAAUUAUUAUUUGUUGGCCAGAUUUUUAAAGCAAAAAUAAAAAAGUCCCAUAAGAACAUGUCUUACAUGGAGAAUAACAAUUUUAUUAUAAAAACUGAACAUUUUGAAGUGCUGGCAUUACUUUUUUCGUUUUAAAAUUCAUAUUUUUUUCUUUAAUAGUAUGGGCAAUCAUAAAGUAAAAAAAGGAGUAAACUAAAAGAAGACAUAAAAUAAUAUUUUUUUUACUGAUAGGUAAGGUACCAGGUGGACUUUUAGUUCAUCCAGAUCGAGAACAUGUCAUUUACCCCCUGGGCUGUAAUGUAAUUAUUGAAGAUAUCACAAAAGAAGCAACACAGAGCAUUUUAUCAAGUCAUACCAACAACGUCACCUGCAUUGCUGUUUCAAAUGAUGGGCAAUACAUUGUGUCAGGUCAAGAAACUUACAUGGGAUUCAAAGUAAGAAAGCUGAUUUAUUUUGAAAAAAGCUUUAGUUGUGUUUGAGUCUUUAAAAUCAUAACACUGUUAUUUAUAUUCAUAUCCAUUUUAUCAGUGCUAAAUUAACAGAAUAAAAAAAAUAAUAAUAAUGAGGCAUCAUAGCUAAAAAAAUUAGCUAACCUUACAUAAUUUAAUUUCCGCUAUAGCUUCAUUAGAUUUAGAUGUUAUUUUUAAAGGCAAUUUAUGUGAGUGAGCAUGAGCUUUACAGUUACAGAAUCCACAAAACUGGUCAGUAAUAUUCUAUUCUAAAACUUUUUCUACUUCAAGAUUUUAUUUUGUAUCAUUUUAACUCAGUUUUUCAGGGACUUUUGAAUAGGUAAGUUAUGAUGGUGGAGACCCUUUUUAUUGGAGAGGCAUAAUAUGAUGAAAUAUUUAUUUCUUAUCAUUAUUUUCAUUUCAAUUUAAUAUACAGUUGAAUUAUUGCUGCAAGUUUUCUGCUGCAUUCAAGUGAUUUAUAAAUUUAUUUUACUUUCUUAAAAUUUUGUGGUAUAAAAUGUUUGCAAACAAAAAUAUAUACAAUUUAUUUAAUCUAAAAAGGAUAUUAAAAGUUUUUAUUUAUAAAUGUUUUGAGUACACAGCAACUUUGACAAACUUUCAUAAAAAUGAUUUAGUUGGUAUACAAUUGUUUAUAUUAUAGAUCAUUAGUACUCAUUCAACUGUUGUAAAUAGAUACAAAUUAAUACAUUCCUAUUAAGUGUUUCUUUUUAAUAAAUCACUCUUCAAGUCCAUAGUUUUCAAAUUAUAUGGAUUUUUCAUAAAUAUGCACUGAUAUUCAUAGGUUUUAAGGUGGAUAAGAGUUUUAGAAUGUUACGGUAUGCAUUAUUUUGAAGUUCUACUAGUGUAAUUUUAUACAAUUGCCUACAAAAUCUACUUGACAGGCAAUCAUUACAUUGUGGGACUAUAGGACAAAGGUAGCCAUCCAAAAAUGGGAACUCCACAAAGUGAAAGUACAGGCCCUAGCCUUUUCUGUAAAUGGAAAAUAUGUUUUCUCACUUGGAGGCCAGGAUGAUGGCUCGUAAGUCCUUUGAUUUAUUUGAUUUAUUAGGAUUAGCCAUAAUAUUGUUUUCUUUAUUGGAAAUUUCAAGCCUGCUUUGAUUAAUAUUCCAAAUUUUACUAUUUUCUCCGUAAUAAAUUAUUAAAAUAUCACAAAAAUAAAGUCUGAAGACUUUUUAGGUUGCCUUUUAGUUUAUCACCCCUUUUUGAAAGUCUGGGUAGUACUAAAUCAGACUUGUUAUUUGGGACUUGUAACUAUUUCUGUUGAUUUAUAUGCAUGAGAAAUAUUCUUUGCACCAUAAUUUGUGCUUUAUCUUCAACUAAUUUUUUUUCAGAGUUGUGGUAUGGGACAUGGCUACCAAACAACCAAUAUGUGGCUCCCCUGCCCAAGUAGUUAGUGCUGGAAUCACAACCUGUCUUGCAGCCUCUAAAGUCAGUGAUGAUGUAUUUGUAACAGGAGGAGAGUAAGUUAAAAAUAUCUUCUAAACAUAGAUUUGUAAAGUUUUUUAAUUACCUGUUGAGUUGAUAUUGUGUUGGAAUGGUUUUUUAAUUAGAUUAAAUUUCAAAUUGGUAUGUUUGAGGAUGGAUGGACUAAUCCACAGAAUUUCACUGACUUACAGCAAAUCUUUGAUAAUGUAGAAAUUGGUUUAAAAUCUUUGAUUUAUUAGUCACAGUCACUAACAGUGUUAAUCAUUAAUUUUUAUUUACAAUAUUUGUUUUAUUUCAGUAAUACACUUCGCAUUUGGACAUUGGAUAAAGAAAAUCGCAAAAUUCGACCAUUAAAUACAAAUCUUGGUGGUCUUAAGCGGAUCAUUACCUGCAUUGAGGUUGAUAUUUUGUUAAUUAGUAUUUCUAAUUAAAAGAAUUUAUUAUAUAGCCGAGUUCUUUUUGAAUUGAUAUUAUAGAGCAACAUACUUGAAUAUUUGUCCUUAAGUAAUUUACCAUUUUUUUUUAGAUGGUUGAUGACCAAGAUGAAAAGCUGUCUUACUUUUUCUGUGGCACAACAACUGGUGAUAUAUUAUGUAUCAACAAGAACACCAACAUACUUCAGUUUGAAGUUCCAGCUAAGAACAAGUUCAGCCUUGGUGUAACAGCAUUGUCCUUUGUGAAAAUGACAGAAAAGGGUUUCAACAUGCUGCUUGGGACCGGCAGUGGUGUUGUUGGGAACUUUGACAUUGGAGUUGAGUUUGAGAAAGGCAACAAAGUGAAAGCCAUAUUUAAACACAGAUCAGACAAACAGUAAGUUAAAUAUAAAACCUUCAUUGAAAAUAUUUUUUAAGGUUAUGAAGUCACAGCACAGCAUCAACAACAGCUUCUGUGACUUACAAUAAUGCUGGUGUUAAAAAAAUCAGAAGGGAAACUUUUUGAAAUCUUAAUAAAAGAUACAUUUCUGAAUUUUUUUUAUUGGCUUUAUUAAAAGCCAACAGGAUUUUUAAGUCAUUUUAGUGGGUAUCAACUAUUUCCCCGCAAAAAAUCAAAAUAACAGUUAUUGCACCAGCUAAAAACCAUUUGCUAUUUUAUAUUGGGAAAUUGAUCAGAAUAAUGAUGAUAGUUUGAACAAAAAAAUAAAGUAUAUUUUAAAAUCGCCUCACAUAGUCAAUAACAAGGUAGAUUUCGUGGAUUCUGCAUGGCAUAGAUAAAUACAUUUCUGAUAUAAGAUAAUUUAUUAAUGAAAUAAUAACUAUUAAUCGUCUUACGUUAUAUUACAGAGCAGAGAUACACAAUAUAUUUCAAUGAUUAAUUUUUGAAAAUAAUUUAACUGAAAUCAACAUAGGUUGAUACAUAUUCUCCAUUGUUAAGGAAAUAAUUUAUUUUUUGCUUUGUAGGCCAUGGAAACAUGAUGUGGAAACAAGUGCUGUCACAUCAAUUGCUAAAAGAGGAGCUGGACACCAGGCAAGUGUUAAAUUUAUAUUUAGGCUCAUCUAUAAACAUCUAGCAAAUAGUUAUCGAUUUCAAAUCAAAUUUAUUUUGAAUAUAUAGUUGGGCCUAUACAUUAAAAAUGUAUUACCUAUCUAAAAUGCAUUAAGUUUUCAAAAUUUGGUUCUUUGUGAGUUCUUUUUUUUUUGUACUGAUGAAUAUCUCACCAGGAAUUUAAAUUUUAAUUCUUAAUGGUUCAGAUAUAUUUUCAAUAAUUUUGUAGUAAAAUUUAAUGAUGUAUAUUUGAAUAUUUUUUCAGUUUUUUGUAGGUACAGCUCACUCACAAGUUUACAAGUUUCAAUUUGCAGAUUUUACAGCAGAACUUAUCAAAACAUGUCACUCUUGUCCUGUCAAUGAUGUAAUUUUCCCAUUGUAAGUUUUUCUUUGCUGAGGACUUUGCAUUAGGAACAUUUAUUUAUUAAGGAAAUUGUAAUAUACACACACCAAUAUUUUAGGUAAUAAAAUUAAAUAUAUGGUAUAUAUUAAAUAGAUGUUUUUAACAGUGGUGUGUCACAGCUCAUUUUGACCUGCCAGGAGGGAGAAAUCAGAGUCUGGAAUUUGAGCACUGGCAAAGAAUUGAGACGAUUUGUUUUGGCUAAUAAAUCAUGUGAAGCCUUGGCAAUAUCUAGGGAUGGAAAGCUCAUUGUUUCUGGUGAGACCUAGUGAUAACUAGUUUCUGAAAAAACUUUCAAUAAUUCAUCACCAUUCUGGAUAUUAUCUUUCAUGUUAUUACCAUUAGGCAGGGUGACCCAAAUACAGUUAAAUAGGUUUAGGGCAAUAUUCUCAUCAGCUUGGUUUUGUCAACCAAUGCAACUUUGUUGAAGGCAAAAGCUUUUUCAUUUUUGAAACAUUUUAAAAUUAUUUAUGAUAAAGCUGUUAAGAUCCAAAGGGUUGAAGUGUCAGCCUUCUGUAUGAAUAUGUUCAGUACUUAUAAUUAGUAGUAAUAUCCACUUUGAAUUCUGAUGUUGAAAAAAAUUACUUUAAGUUAAAUAUGAUAUUUAAAUGAGCACAUUAACCACAAAGCCCUAGAUAAAGCCCUAGGUACGCUGCAUCUUCUAAUUAUCCUGUGACUACUCAGAUAUUUGAUAGUAAAAUAAUAAAUUUAAAAAUAGGUGGGUCAUAUAAUUUUAUUUAAAGUUUGGAAUGAUGGAAUGAUCACAAGAUUAGAAUAUUUGGUUUCAAGGCUAAAGAUCUCACCCUUGAGCUGAAGCAUGUUGUAAUGGAUGUAAUAACUUUAAAAAUAGGAAGUCAUUAUUAUUAUUUUUUUUUUUAAGGUUGGAAUGAUGGAAAGAUUAGAAUAUUUGGUUUUAAGGCUAAAGAUCUCACCCUUGAGCUGAAACAUGUUGUAAUGGAUGCCCACAACAAAGGAGUGACGUCUGUAGCUCUGACUAGCAGGGGAGACACCAUUAUCAGUGGAGGAGGUGAAGGCAUGGUAAGAUAAUCAUACUUUUCUUUAGUAAAAUAUUUAUUAACAUUUCAACACAUUUAUGAGGACAUUUCUAUGUAAUGUAUAAAUUAUUCUCCACUAUGUCUAAAUAAAAAAAAUACCACUACUGUCCUUUAAAAAUGACCUUUAAAAAUCAUUUGGAUAAUGUGAAUUGCGAUGCAUAAUAAGCAGACCUACUUUCUUUUUCAAAUAAGAAUGAUAAAAUAUUCUUAUUUCAGGUGCGAGUCUGGGAUGUUGUGGUGGGCGUUGACCAUAACGGCAAGAAAGAAAUGAGGGCCAAUCUACGGCACAGCAUGAAGGAACACAAAAACUUUGUAGCUCAGAUUGUCAUCCGAUCAAAUGACAAGGAGUGUGCCUCAGCUGGUGGUGAUGGUACAACCAUCAUUUGGGAUUUGACGUAAGUCUUUAUGGAUAUUUUUCACUCGUUGUUGUUAUCAAAUGAUUGCAAAAUUACUAUAACUUUUUAUUUAACAGUUAUAUAUUUUUACAGAAUAAAAAAGUAAAGAAACUUAAAAACGUAAUUACUUGUGUUACCACUAAGGGUAAUCGACUCUUAUUUAGGGAUCAGUAGUUUCUGUAUUAAAUAAUAUUCAUUCAUGAUUUAAGUUAUUUUUUUAGGAAAUUAAUAAUUAACAUAUAAUAAACUAUCACAAUUUAUUUCCAGUUGCUUAUGCUUGUGACUUAAUUUACAAAACUUAUGAAAAAUGUUUUGAAAAUUUGUUAUAUUUAUAUCAAGUUACAACAGUCAAAGAAAAUUCAUAUACUUGAAUAAUCUUUUUUUUUAAUAUACCGGUACAGGAAAGGUAUCAGGAAAAAUGUUGUUUUUGCCAACACUCUAUUUAAAAGUGUUUGCUAUGGAGAAGAAGAGCUUCAAAUUAUCACCUGCGGUACUGACCACAAACUGGGAUACUGGGAAACAUAUGAUGGCUCCAUGAUUAGAGAAUUAGAGGGGGCCAAAGCGGGGGCCAUCAACUUCAUGGACAUAACAGCCGACCAGCGGGCUUUUGUCACUGGUGGGGAAGAGAAACUCAUUAAGGUAACAAUUUUAUUUGGCUCUAGUCAGGGAAAUUCUUCAACUACCCUUAAAAGUUUUAAGGUAUGAAAAUAUUAGGAGUUCAUUAAUGUUAUCUUCUGAAAAAUUUAUUUUUACAAACUCUUUGAUAAUUCUCUUCAAGCUUAUUAAACCAUACUUUUGUCAAUCCUCAGCUUUGGCAGUACAGGGAAGGGGUGGUGACUCAUGUCGGUAAAGGUCACAGUGCUAACAUCAUGAGAAUAAGGAUAGCCCCUGACAAUAAGAGUAUUGUCAGUGUUAGCGAAGACGGUGCCAUCUUGCAAUGGAGAUUUCCUAAUUUUUAAAUAAUCACAUUUUUUAUGUGUACUUGUAGUAAAAUGUUAUUUCUUUUAAUUUCAUAGAGAUCAGUUUUCAUUGUAAAAGGUUUCUUGUUUUAUUGUUGGAGGUAUAAAACUAUUUUUUUUCAAUAAAAAGACGAAAUAAAUAAUAUUAAAGUUUCAGGGGACAAAUGCCAAUGGCUAAUGUUAAAGCCAUGAACUUCUAGGCAAUCAGAAAAAUAUUCAUCAAUAUUUUUUAAUAAAAAAUGCUUGUGUCCAUCCGAACCUAGCCAUUUUUUUCUUCCCUUUUGGCUGACCAACUCUUUUUUUCUUCUCAAUUUGGGUUAACUGGUUCUGCAGUACCAAUAUUUGAGCAUAGCCCUUACAUAACUAUCUAUGUAUUAGAUAUAUAUACUGCAUAUAUAUUAAAUUUUAAACAUUUUUGUUUUAACGUAAGAAACAUUUGUUUGACAGUAUCAAGUACUUUAUUUGUUUGUGCCAGAAAAAUCAUUUGUGCUGACAAAAUUGAAUCUUUUCCCAAAUAGAUAUUAAAAAAAACAACAACUUUGAACGUACAUGUAUUUUCUUAGAAAAAAAAAUUCAUAGGAUGACAUUUGAGAACUUAUGUAAAUGGACAAUUUCUUGUUUGAUUUUGUAAUAAUAUAACUUGUGUAAGUUUUAAAGAUGUUUUAAUUAAAGUAUCAGUGUGUAAUACACUGCAGCAGCAACAUAUUUCAAAUAAAUAUGGUUUAAAAAUAGUUAUCUUUAUAAUGGUACCUAAAAUAUAUAUUUUGCCCACAAUAUAAUGUGUUCUUUUAAUUUUAAUUUUUUUUUUUUUGAACUUCCAAAAUUCAAAUGUAUAUGAUUAUUUAAAAUCAUAUUAUAUACUAUUGCAUCUGAAUUUAAUUUCAGAGAAUUUAUGCCAACUAAUUAUUUCACCCUUAAUUUCAGUGACAAAAUAAUAGCAGACCUGUUUACUCUUACGAUUUUGGCGUACAAUGUACGAUUUUUAGAUGUCUUUUACGAUUGUACGCCAAGACCCGCCAAAACUACGAUUUUCAGAGACCCGGUGGAAAAAUUUUUCCCCCGAUUUAAAAAAAAUUAAUAAAUUUUCGGGUUUGGACGUUUUAGCCGUCUCUAAUGAAGAUCUGGCAGUGAAUAUGAACGAGAAAAACGAUUGGUUGGAUUUUUUUUUUUUUUUAAAGUUGGGACCAUCCUUAUUAUAUUUCGAAAGGACUCAUGGGGACUGGGGAGGUGGGGUUGUUGAUGACGGAAAUUGUGGCAUACGAGACACCCAUGGGUAGGGGAUUGGUGGGAGUGUCAAAGGAUAUAAAUAAAUAACCCCGACGUAUCGUAUUGACGGGAUCACAGUGUACUAGCUGGCUGCUGCGUCAACAGUAAUAUUUGGAUUGGUCGCCCUAGCGACAACUUCACCCGCCAUCGCCUUUGACUGCUACCAAGCGUGUGACGUAGUUUUGGUACAGAAUUAUUUUGUUCCUCAGAACCGCGGCGAUUGUAAAACUAGAGAUGGUUUUUAAAAUAAAAUAGAUGAUCCAACUGUUCUGCAGUGGAGCGUUGGAUUUGGGGCAUACCGGUAUUUUAUAAGAUCCAGUCAGCGACAUUUACAAAAUAUAGGGAAAUAUUUUGUAGUUUUAUUUAUUUACUAUAGAGAUAUUGUAUUGUACGAUUUUGAGACCAGAUUGUACGAUUUUAGGGGUUUGAGGGUAAACAGGUCUGUAAUAGUCUCUCCUCAUUAUAAAGUAUUACCGGUAACAGCAUAUCAAUGUAGCUCUAUUAUUGGGAUUGUUUUGAUACUCUGGACGUUAUUUGUUACUAAAAAAUGCCUCUCUACUUCAGUGUAGAAUCGAAUUAUCAGACUUUCUGCAUUCCUUGAAAUUAAUUGAAGUUGAUUUUUAAAAAAUUAGUGUAACAUAUUUUUUCACAAUUUAAAAGGACUUUUAUGUUAAUGUAAUAAAGAGUGAAAUAUAAUGACUUUACUACUCACACAUGCAAAUGUAAGCUGUAUUUGUGGAAGAGUGGGGUAAGCAUUGUUAAUAUGGCAGAAUGAACUACAACUUCUUCUAAAUCAGUUAUAAUUUAAUAUGUCUUUUUAGAGUUGUGAAAAAUCAGCUUCACAAAUAGAUUUUUAUGAGAUAUAAAUCUAUAUAUGUAUGUGUGUGUGUGUGCAAGUUGAGACUAACUCUGAAGGUCUUUAAACAUCUGACCUUCAGGUCUGUUGUCAAAAGUGCUGCCUCCUGCACCAAGGACAUAGUAUUGCCCUUUUUAGUUUUAUGAUUUUGUACACUUUACAAAAAUUAAGCGAAUUUGAAAAAAUAAAUACAUAC